UACAUUUUGAUUGUUGGUUUCAUGGAUCAAUUUAUGAUUAAGUUGAUUGUUUUCACGGUUUUCUGAUUGUGAUUUGUUACAAUUUUUAAUUACUGAACCUUAAUUUUAACAUUACCUUCGUAAUUAGUAAUAUAUGCUGGUAAUUAAGGUCUUGUGAAGUGUUUUUGUUUCUGCUAAUUGUUUGUGAUUGGCUACAAGUGAUUCAUUGAUUUGCCUUUUUUUGUUUCCAAUUGUCACUGUUGAUUGCUGUCGUCUCACUUUCUGUUUGGUUGGAUUUCACUUUCACUACUAAUUAACUAAUUUUAUAACAACAUAAUGGUAAUUUAUAGUGUUUUUAUGGUCAGUAAAAAUGGUGGAUUAAUAUAUCACUGUGACCAUCAUCGAGCUGAAACCGAGGUUGAAAAAACAUUCAAAUAUCCACUUGAUUUAAGACUCUCAUGGAGAGACAAUAGAUUAGUAGUUACAUUUGGUCAACGAGAUGGUAUUAAAGUGGGUUACAGUUUGAUGGCGAUCAAUGGAGACCCGAUUGUCAGUCGUAAGCUUGGCGAUCGAGACAUUUUGGAGGAGGUUCUCGCGAAAGAAUCAAAUUACCCAUUAACUUUAAAAUUUGGAAUCGCACCGUUGAGCUCAAAUGAGAAGAUAGUAUUCGCCUCCAUGUUUCAUUCCAUGUGCGCUAUUGCGUCUCUACAAAUCAAUCGAAAUUGUAUCAAAGAUCCAACCAAAUCACGUAGCAUAGCUUCGGGAAUCGAGGUUCUCGAGACCGAUAAUUUCCGGUUAAACUGUUUCCAAACGUUAACGGGACUCAAGAUAAUUGUCAUAAGUGAUUUAUCCUCGUUCGGUCCACGAAAGGAGGUCCUUUUACGAAAAAUUUAUGAUCUGUAUACCGAUUAUGCUCUGAAAAAUCCAUUCUACUCUUUAGAUAUGCCAAUUAGAUGUGAACUUUUCGAUGCUAAUCUACAAUUACUAUUAGAACAACGUGAGAUGUAAAUUACUGUUUAAUCCAAAAAAAGGAUCACCAAUUUAACUGCAAAACAAUUAACAAUCCGGAGAUAAAGUGGAAAGUCUAAUUAUUCAACAAUUAAAACAAUUUACGUUUUCAAAA